UUAUGAACCAUAGGAGGCAAUAGUUCUAUGGGAUGGUCAACUCAGGUUGAAGAGAUUGCGGAACACCUUGCUGUGGAUUAUGAUGGUUCACUUUCAGCUCUUGCAGCUUCUCAUCUUGCAACCGCUGUUGCUUCUUAUAAUAUGAGUGAGGCUUUGUUAGCUUUACCGUCACUCACAGUAUUUAAACAAGAAGCGCCAUCACCCGAAAAUCAACACAAUCAAAUUUUGAACCAUGUCUCUCAAAAGACUAGUACUGAUUCAUUGGCUAACAAUGGGAAUAACAGUCUUGUGGAAGCGGACAGUAUUAAUAGUGGACGAAAUCCAACAAAUCUUCAUCAGUUAAUCUAUUCAUCAAGUGAUGACUAUUCAUCAAAUUCUACCUGUGGCAAUCAUGUAUCUUCUUCUCAGCAAGAAAAUGAGUUCAAUGAGAAAUGUUGCUUUCAAUACGUUUUGGCUGCAGCAACUAGCAUUGCUACCAAAGUGAACGAAGAAACUUUGACAUAUCUUAAUCAGGGACAAUCAUACGAAAUUAAAUUGAAAAAACUCGGCGAUCUGUCAACUUAUCGUGGAAAACUUUUAAAGUCAACGAUUCGCAUUUGCUUUCAUGAGCGUCGACUUCAGUACACUGAACGCGAACAAAUUUUGGCAUGGCAACAGGCUAGGCCAGGUGAACGUCUACUAGAAGUUGAUGUCCCUCUUAGCUAUGGAAUGAUUGACGUAUGCGAACCUUCAUCUUCCUAUAACAGCGUUGACUUCACGUGGAAUCCCAAUAAGGAAAUCGGCUGUUGUAUAAAGGUGAAUUUUUUUUCGUCAUUAAGUUUAAAAUCAAAGUUUCACACUUUCUCUCUAUCCCUCGACCCUUCUCCCCGCCUCUCUCGUAUACAGAUCAACUGUAUUAGCACAGAAUUCACGCCGAAGAAACACGGUGGCGAGAAGGGUGUACCAUUUCGCAUUCAGGUGGAAACACGAUUACCUAGUGGCACCCAACUACACGCAGCUUCGUGUAAAAUAAAAGUGUUUAAGUUGAAAGGAGCCGAUCGCAAACAUAAGCAGGACCGGGAUAAAAUACAGCGUCGACCGCCACACGAACAAGACAAAUAUCAGCCGAGUUAUGAUUGUACUAUACUCUCUGAUAUACCUCUUGAUACACUUACAACGUCUAAUUCAGUUAAUCAAAAUGUAGAAAGUCCUUGCACACUGACUGAUUCCAUAUCACCGCAAAGCCAAGGAACCAGUGGAAGUUCUUCACCCGUGUCAGUGCCACCUGUCGCCUUAUCUUCCAACGCGGGCACAGCACCCAUCAUCUCCACUUCAGAAUCCAAUCAAGAAAACGUUGAAGUAGCGCCAACCCUAUCUUUACCUCCUACUAUUCUGCCGCAACAAACAUACUCCGAGAUAAACGUGAAAUCGAGCCAGGGAGAGCUGCCGGCCAAUGCAAACGCUGCGCAGACAUGCUCGUGGUUACGUGCGCACCACUUCCAUGCUUUUGAAUCGACCUUCACCAGUUUCUCAGCUGCAGACAUUUUGCGUUUAUCCCGGGACGAUCUCAUCCAAAUUUGCGGCCUCGCUGACGGUAUUAGACUUUUCAAUGCGCUGCACGCCAGAGCACCCCAGCCAAAGCUCAGUCUUUACUUCGCAAUGGAAACUGGCGGGGGUGCCGCUGGACUUUGGCGUGCCAUCUACUUGAAGAGCCUCACCAGCGCCUCCCUCACGAGCAAGCUCCUAGAUACUCUCGGCUUUUCCCGCGACAGAUUACACUCGGUACUCAUUCUUGGGCCUCAAGGUAUCCACGUGCUCGUAACUAAUGAGCUUAUCGCGAACAUGAAGGACGAGAGUAUGUUCGUGGUUGAAACUAUCAAGGAACCAAUCACUGAUCGUUAUAAGCUUCUGUUAAAGCCUUCUUCUCAUUAAGUGUAUUUAUAUGAGAAUUUCGAAACAGAAGAUAAAACUAAUAUUCGAUACAUUUAAAAUCUGUAAUAUUUAUUAAAUAUUAACGAAUCGAUGCAU